AAGAGUAGAGUCAAAUGAGUUCGAUUCUGAACGAUCUUCCCCGUCGACGCCUCGCAGAAGGUCCUCUGGAGCAAGAAAUCGCGAGGAACAAGAGGCGCCACCCACCUCGCGGUCUUUGGCCAUGGCGCUGGAAGCACAACUGCAGGACGGGAAUGUGGAAAACGCGGCGGACGCGGAGCGCAGCGGUGCAGAUCACGUUGAUCGUGGCCGCGAAGAGCUUCAACGGGAAGGAAGAAGCGCAGCCUUGUCGCGCGUGGGCACCGAAGACAAUGUAGAUGUUGCAGGACGACGUCCUGGUGUGGCGACGAGUCCUCAAUAUUCAUCGCCGGAGGACACUUCGUUUGGUUUUGCGAUUCCGCCGUCGCAUCCGCUAGCCGAGAUCGGGACGCUUGCAAGAACUGCUGGUGAGGGACCACCGCAGGAUGAAGAUGUUUCAAGAAUUGUCCCGUCUACCCCGGCACAUGUUGAGGAUCUGCAACCGCAGCAGCAUCUCUUAAACGCGCCUCUGCGCUACGAAAAUCGCGGCGCGGAUAUGGAGCAGCCUGCCACUCCGCAGUUCGACGCGGCACCUGCAACUGCGGCUCUCAGGGGCGGCACGUCGCGAGAGAGUAGAAGUAGUUUUAUU